GGAGUGGGGGGUAAGAGAGGGGAAUGUAGCAGGUCCGGUUUGCAGCCCAAUUAGGAUUUGGGGUUUCGUCCUCUCUCUGAGCGUCAUUUGACGCUGUCUGGGGAGGGCGAGGCCGAAACCCGAUCCUUUAGUACCCGGGCCCCGUUAAUGUUUAAUCAGAGAGGAUCUUCCGAUGGGGCUGGGGUGGCGUGAUCUCCCGGCCCCCAGGCGUCCAGCACCUACACCCUAAAAGGCUUCCAACUUUCACGUGGACGCGCGGGCUGCCGGUGGCUCCCGUUCUUUCUCUUUCUGAGACCGGAGAACUGAGCCAGUGCUUGGCUCCCCAGGGACACCACAGCCCGCUGUCCCGGAGCCGGGUGCCUCGAGACCCACGCGUCCAGGUUCUUCCCGCGGCCGCGCGCACCUCUCCUCGCCCCGAUGGGCACCCACUGCUCUGCAUGGCCUCUGUCGGCGCCGCUGCUGCUGCUGCUGCUGCUGCUACUGUGCCCUACGGGCGCCGGUGCCCAGGACGAGGACGGAGACUACGAAGAGCUGAUGCUAGCCCUCCCGUCCCAGGAGGAUGACCUGGCUGAUGAGGCCGCACACGUGGCCACUGCCUUCUUCCGCCGUUGCUCCAAGGAGGCCUGGAGGCUGCCAGGAACCUAUGUGGUGGUGCUGAUGGAGGAGACCGAGCGGCUGCAGAUUGAACAAGCUGCCCAUCGCCUGCAGACCCGGGCUGCCCGCCGGGGCUAUGUCAUCAAGGUUCUGCAUAUCUUUUAUGACCUCUUCCCUGGCUUUUUGGUGAAGAUGAGCAGUGACCUGUUGGGCCUGGCCCUGAAGUUGCCCCAUGUGGAGUACAUCGAAGAAGACUCAUUUGUCUUCGCUCAGAGCAUCCCAUGGAAUCUGGAGCGGAUUAUCCCGGCAUGGCAGCAGACAGAGGAAGACAGCUCUCCUGCUGGAAGUAGCCAGGUGGAGGUGUAUCUCUUAGAUACCAGCAUCCAGAGUGGCCAUCGGGAGAUUGAGGGCAGGGUCACCAUCACUGACUUCAACAGUGUGCCUGAGGAGGAUGGGACACGCUUCCACAGACAGGCGAGCAAGUGUGACAGUCAUGGCACCCACCUGGCUGGUGUGGUCAGUGGCCGGGAUGCUGGUGUGGCCAAGGGCACCAGCUUGCACAGUCUGCGUGUGCUCAACUGUCAAGGGAAGGGCACGGUCAGCGGCACCCUCAUAGGCCUGGAGUUUAUUCGGAAGAGCCAGCUAAUCCAGGCUUCGGGGCCACUAGUGGUGCUGCUGCCCCUGGCGGGUGGGUAUAGCCGGAUCCUCAACACUGCCUGCCAACACCUGGCAAGGACAGGGGUAGUGCUGGUUGCAGCAGCCGGGAACUUCCGGGACGAUGCCUGUCUUUACUCCCCAGCUUCUGCUCCAGAGGUCAUCACAGUUGGGGCCACGGAUGCCCAGGACCAGCCAGUCACCCUGGGGACUUUGGGGACCAACUUUGGACGCUGUGUGGAUCUCUUUGCCCCUGGGAAGGACAUUAUCGGGGCCUCCAGUGACUGCAGCACAUGCUUCAUGUCACAGAGUGGGACAUCACAGGCUGCUGCCCACGUGGCUGGCAUUGUGGCUAUGAUGCUGACUCGGGAGCCGGCACUUACUCUGGCUGAGCUGCGGCAGAGGCUGAUCCACUUCUCUACCAAAGGCAUCAUCAACAUGGCCUGGUUCCCUGAGGACCAGCAGGUGCUGACCCCCAACCUGGUGGCCACACUGCCCCCCAGCACCCAUGAGACAGGCGGGCAGCUGCUCUGCAGGACAGUGUGGUCGGCACACUCGGGGCCCACUCGGACAGCUACAGCCACAGCCCGAUGUGCCCCAGAGGAGAAGUUGCUGAGCUGCUCCAGCUUUUCCAGGAGCGGGAGGCGACGGGGUGAUCGGAUUGAGACCAUAGGGGGCCAGCAGGUCUGCAAAGCCCUUAAUGCAUUUGGGGGUGAGGGUGUCUACGCUGUCGCUAGGUGCUGCCUGCUUCCCCAUGCCAACUGCAGCAUCCACAACACCCCUGCAGUCGGAGCUGGCUUGGAGACCCAUGUCCACUGCCACCAGAAGGACCAUGUUCUCACAGGCUGCAGCUUACACUGGGAAGUGGAAGACCUUAGUGUCCAGCGGCAGCCUGCGCUGAGGUCCAGACGGCAGCCUGGCCAGUGCGUUGGCCACCUGGCGGCCAGUGUCUAUGCUUCCUGCUGCCAUGCCCCAGGUCUGGAAUGCAAAAUCAAGGAGCAUGGCGUCUCAGGUCCUGCAGAACAGGUCACUGUGGCCUGUGAGGCAGGAUGGACCCUGACUGGAUGCAAUGUGCUCCCUGGGGCAUCCCUCACUCUGGGGGCCUACAGUGUGGACAACCUCUGUGUGGCAAGACUCCAUGACACUGACAGAGCAGACAGGACCAGUGAAGAAGCCACGGUAGCUGCUGCCAUUUGCUGCCGGAGCCGGCCUUCAGCAAAGGCCUCCUGGGUUCAGUGACAGCCUCAGGCAGGGAUGGCACCUGAGGCUGGGUGCACAUCUACCUGCUUGGCUCUCUUGUAUCUAGCCAAAGGUGGGGAGAUUCUGCCUGGGAGAACUUGGGUGUUUCACCCUGGGUACCCAUUCCUGGUGUAUGUGUGGGGAAGCACCUUCAUGGUCAGGGGGCCAGUGCUUGGCAUUCUACCAUCAGAGACAAGCUCUAGUUAAGCUCUAGUUGGCUCUGGCCAGCUGCUCCCGUGUAGCAGAACCUGAGGGCACCGGCUGCAAGGCUAGCGUUCGGUCCUCAGGCCUCCAGGGUGUAUUUGUCCUGCAGGAAGAUAAUGAUGGACAGAGACCCUUGGAGGGUCAAAGACUAAGUUCCAAACUGGGAAAGUUGGUCUGAAAGCUGCUGGGCCCACUCACAGCCUGCUCACACUGCAGACAACCAUUUUGGGCGCACUGCUUAAUUGCAGAUUAGUUCUGCACACCUCCAGGGGUGGAUCCAGCUGUUAAGGCCAUGCCUGUACCUUCCAGAUGUUCUCAUCUGCUGCACCGCAGGCGUUGGCCCUACUCAGAAUGACAUGGUAUGACCCCCCAGUCGACUCUCAGUUUGCACUGGAGAACCAUACAGGGCUUACCUCACCUUAAUCCCAUCCACUACCCUGUGCACUGACUGGCCUCACUUUAUGAAGGAAAAGACAGGAACAGAGGCGAUGUCAUACAGCCAGUGAUGUCAGGACACAAAUCCAGAGUGGCUGGCCCUGGAGCCAUGCCUCUUGGCAAUGCUAGGCCAGGCAUCCUUUUUUGAAGCAAACAAAAAAUGAGAGGACAGGCUAUGCCUCAGCAGCUUGUUCCUGGACCUAUGCUCCCGGAGCCCCAGUCCCACAGAUCAUGUGGAGACUGGAGGAGCGACAAAGGGCGACUGUACCAAGGCCACACAAGUUGACAAGAACAUCUCUAUCCUGACCUCUUCUGUCUUUUUAUAGUAAGCUUCCCCCACCUGCGUUGCUUUUGUAACUUCAUAUUUAUGCAGGGUUUUGUAGUUUUUAUUAUGUAGUAACUUUUCAGAAUAAAAGCAGCUGAUGUGACCGAC